AAUUCGGCGCGCGGGCGACUCAAAGAGCGCCGGGAUGGGCGACCGGGAAGUGCGGCAAAUCCAGAAGAGCAAGGAGAAGGCGCAGCGGAAGGGGGACCAGAAAGAAGAAGCUGCUCUCUGCAACCAACUCGGAGAGAUUUUAGCCCGUCAUGGACGCUUCCAGGAGGCCCUGGAGGAACACAGGCUGGAACUGCAGCUCCUGGAGAGCGUGGAGGACGUCAUCGGCUGUGCGGUCGCCCACCGGAAAAUUGGGGAGUGCUUGGCUGAGCUGGAGAGCUAUGAAGCUGCCCUGAAGCACCAGCGCCGCCAUCUGGAACUGGCCUGCACUGUCUCCAAUGCGGUGGAGCAGCAGAGGGCUUGGGCCACCAUUGGCCGCACCUACAUGUUCAUGGCCGAGAAUGACCAGCUGGGGGAGGCCCUGCAGGAGGCGGAGAAAGCCUUCAUGGAGAGCUUGGCUAUUCUGGAGGAGAAGCUGGAAGGGCAGGUGCCGCAGCGGGAAGAGAGUGAGAUGAGGGCGCGGCUCUACCUGAACCUUGGCUUGAUCUAUGACAGCUUGAGGAACCCAGCCAUGCGCACCUCCUACAUCAAGAAGAGCAUCUACAUCUCAGAGCAGGCCCACCUGUCGGAGGACCUCUUCCGGGCCUACUUCAACCUGGGCAACAUCCACCUGCGGGAGAAGGAGCAUUCGCAGGCCAUGCGCUGCCUGGAGCGAGCCCGGGAGUGCGCCUGCAAGAUGAAGGAGAAAUACAUGGAGAGCGAGUGUUACGCCAGCAUUGCCCAGGUCCUGCUGGGUCUGGGGGAUUUCGUAGCCGCCAAACGGUCCCUGAAGAAGGCCUACCGCCUGGGCUCCUGGCAGCCCCAGCAGCGGGACAGCGUUGGCCGCAACCUGCGCUACGCCACGAAGGUGAGCCGCUUGCAAGAAGCCCUGGAGGAGGCAGAGGCCGCCAGCGACCUGGGGGCAGCCCUGGCAGUCUCCGAGCAACUGGGGGACCUUUUCUGCAAGAUGGGCGACUAUCGGCGGGCUGCGGAGGCCUACGAGAAGCAGCUCGGCCAUGCCAAGGCUUUAGGACGGACAGAGCAGGAACUGGCUGUGAUUCACGUCUCUUUGGCGGCCACCUUUGGGGACCUCAAGGACCAUGCCCGAGCAGUGCAGCAUUACCAGGCAGAACUGGCCCUGCGGCGUGGGAACCCCCUGGAGGAGGGCAAGACCUGGCUGAACAUCGCCUUGGCCAAGGAGGAGGCUGGCCAGAGCUACCCGGAGUUGGAGUCCUGUUUCCAAGCCGCUCUGCAGGCUGCACAAAAGGCCGGUGACCAGAAACUGGAGCUUCAGAUCUUGCGGCAUCUCCAAGCCUCCCAGCAGAGAUGCGGCUGCCCGCCGACGGCCACAGCGGAGACGUCAGCCCGUCUGCAGGCGCUCUGCGCCUCCCACGACCGUCACUCGGACGGGGAGAGCAGCGAGGAAGAGGAGCUGCACAACAGCCAGGCCUUGGAGGACAGCGACUUGGAGCUCUCCGACAGUGGUGAAGAGGAGGACAUGGAAGGCUACGGCAAAACUGUCCCUGGACGGCGCAGAAUCAGCAAGUGGAACCAGCGCAACGACAAAGGCGAGACUCUCCUGCACCGGGCCUGCAUCGAAGGGAACCUGCGCCAAGUCCAGUAUUUCCUGGAGAAGGAGCAUCCUGUAAACCCCCGGGACUACUGUGGAUACCCUCUUCACGAGGCCUGCAACCACGGGCACCUGGAGACCGUCCGCUUGCUGUUGGACCACGGCGCCACCAUCGAUGACCCGGGGGGGCCGGGCUGUGAGGGCAUCACCCCGCUGCACGAUGCCCUCAACUGCGGCCACUUUGAAGUGGCUGAGCUCCUGGUCCAGAGAGGGGCGUCAGUGAUGCUGCGCAAUGCCAAGGGCCUGAACCCCCUGGGGACCCUCCAAGCUUGGGUGCAGCUCUACGGGAAGGAUCUGGAUCCGGAGACCCGCCACCGCUGCAGGGCCAUGGAGAGCUUGCUUCGGAAAACCAUGGCAGAGCCAGGUUCCCGGCCCCCGCCUCCCCGAGGAGAGACCCCCAGCCAGCUCUUCGAUGCAGAGCUUUCCGAGUCCCAAGCACCCUGCUCUCUGAGCCCCCCUCCGAAGCCCACGGGCGCCCAGCAGCGCCAUCAAGUGGCGGAAGAGGACUACAUGGCCCCUUUGCGGCCGGUGAAGAAGAAGCAGAGGCUACUGGAGCAGACCCCGGUGGGGGAGGCAAGGCUGGCCCCUCCUGCAGACUAUCAGGCUGCCAUGCUUGGGCUGGGCAGCGCCCCUCUCCGCCUCCCUCUGAGCCCCGAGCGCCACAAGGGACCCCCCAGGCCGGCCCUGAUCCCAGAGGAGGAGUACGUGGGGGACGAUUGGCUGGAGGACGACUUGGCGCCCAGCACGGGAUCUCGCAAAAGGACCCGCCGGAGCCCAGCCGGAGCUUGGGGUUCUGGGUCGGAGGACAGCGAAGGGGGGGCUCCUUGCCAGCCCCCUGAGAACACCACCAGGAGGAGGAGGAGACCCGCCCGCCAGACUCGCCUCACCCUAGACCGGACGCUGCUGGGGAGGAGCCGAGGGGCCGGCCCCCCACCAAGAGCAGACCCUCCCGCUGAGCCCAGCGGCCUUCUGGAAGGAGCUGGCAGUAGCCCCACUCGGCGGGGAGGCAGCCCACCCUCGGGUGCCCUGCAGCUGCCGUCGCCUCCUGUCCGGGUGCGAGUGCGAGUUCAGGACAGCAUCUUCCUGAUUCCAGUGCCACAAAAUGAGGGCGAGAGCCGCCCGGUCUCGUGGCUGGCCGAGCAGGCCUCCCAGCGCUACUACCAGACCUGCGGGCUCUUGCCCCGCCUGACCCUCAAGAAGGAGGGGGCGCUGCUGGCUCCUCAGGACAGCGUCCUGGACGUCCUGCAAAGCAACGAGGAGGUCUUGGCUGAAGUCCAGUCCUGGGACCUGCCGCCCCUCCUGGAGAGAUACCGCAAGGCCUGCCAGACCCUGGCCGCGGGAGAACACCCGUUGCUGGGGAAGCUCUUGGAGCGCCAGGAAUCGGCCUCGUCCUUCAGCGUCUCCAGCAUGGCUCUUCGCCACCGCCACCUGCGCCCUCUCCUGCGGGCCCUCAAGCUGCAGGCUUCCCUCCGCCAGCUGUGCCUCUCUGGGACUGGGCUGGGGGACGACUCGGCCGAGGAGCUCCAGGCCACGCUGGGGACCAUCCCUGGGCUGAAGUGCCUGGAUCUCUCGGCCAACCGGCUGGGCCCCGACGGGCUGCAGAAGUUGGCUGCGGGCCUCCCCGGCUCAUUUACCUUCCAGAACUUAGAAGAGCUGGAUCUCAGCUUGAACCCCUUGGGUGACGGCAGCUCCCAGUCUCUGGCCUCGCUGGUCCAGGCUUGCCCUGUUUUGGGCACCCUUCGACUGCAAGCCUGCGGCCUUGGCACCACCUUCCUGGAGCCUCACUCUCUCCUGCUGGCCAACGCCUUGAAAGGAGCCGUGCACCUCAAGAGACUCACUCUGUCCCACAAUGCCCUGGGCUCCCGUGGCCUUGGGGUGCUGCUGAAAAACCUGCCCUUCGAAUCGCUGACUCAUCUGGAGAUGGGCUCCCUGGAACCCAGGGCGGGGGACCGGCCACAACUGAGGGACGCCGUGGUCAGGUAUCUGACGCAGGAAGGCUGCGUUCUGACCCACCUGGGACUCUCAGGGAAUCACCUGGAUGACGACGAUGUAUCAGAGGUAGCUAGGAGCCUCCUCGCUUGCCUGUCCUUAGUCUCGCUGGACCUGUCGGCAAACCCCGCCAUCGGCAUCCUUGGUCUCCGGACGCUGCUGGUCACCCUGGAGGAGCGGAAGCGGGGACUCCAGUUCCUUAGCCUGGCUGGCUGUUCUGUCCGUGGACCCCUGGAGACCGUCACGUGGACCAAGCUCUCCUCCCUGGUGGGUCAGCUGCAACUCUGCAGCCGGCAGCUAAGCAGGAGCGAUCAGCGGGAUGUGGCCGAGCUCUGGCACAGCCCGGCUAACACUUCCCUUCGUUCUGUCACCCGUCACCACAAACUUUUCUGCCAGAGUCUCUAGCAGAGGCAGUUUCUGAAGAGGUUGGGAGGUCGGUCGGUCGAUGGAGGACCGAGGAGUCGGGGACACGAGUGGCUGCGUGCCCCAUCCCAGGAUGGAUGAAACUCAGUGGAAAGAGUGGAAUAGCUCAGCCGACUUCAGAGGAGAUCCCGAGUUGUAGACGGGCUGUGGGUGACCGCCAACCCGGCUUGUGGAACUGAGAAUUUUGGUGCCUGCAGAGAGAAUUUGGGUGGGAGACAAAGCACCUCCUCCCUUCCGUGGACAAAGCUGCCAUUUUUUAACUAACCAUUCUUAUCCUUCUGUCCUGCUUCAAACUGUCCCGUAUUUAUUGAAUGGCUCUGCUUCUCUGGCAGGGGAUGCAAGUAGAGCUGGGGAAUGCUGCAGGCCCACCCCUCCACUUAAGCUUUGCAGGGGGAGAAGGGAGGGGAAACUUUAUUUCUAACCUUGAGACGAGGAAGAGGGAUGGUAAUCUCUUGAAUAAAUCCAAUAUAUGCCAGG